GUCCAUUUCCAUCGCUCCGGCCAGUUCUCCACUGCCAAUCUCGAAGUGCACCGAGGAUCCGUUACCGCGCGGCUCACAAGAAGACAUCCAAGAUAUACCAGGAUCUCAAGACAUCCCGGCUUUUCAGCGUCUCGUCGAGAAAGCUGAGCAUCAUGGAUCAAGUCUUCAAGCUCGAAGUCCUCGACCCUAAUAGGAGACCGCACAUUGGGAUAGUUGGUGCUGGUUUUGCGGGACUCAGAUGCGCCGAUGUGCUGCUCCGAAAUGGCUUUCGCGUCACGAUUCUGGAAGCCAGAGAUCGCCUCGGCGGCAGGAUAGCCCAGGAGAGGUUACCCAACGGCCAUCUCAUAGACGUGGGUGCGAACUGGAUUCACGGCACGACUGAGAACCCGAUCAUGGAUCUGGCCAGAGAGACCAAGACGGCCACCGGUGUCUGGGACAGCGGUUCCUACCUCUUUGACGAGGAUGGACAGUUGCUUCCUUCCGAAGAGGGAGAGAAGUACUCGACCAUGAUGUGGAACAUCAUCGAGGACGCCUUCGCAUAUUCCAACAAGCACGGGGCGAGCAUCGACCCCAGUAAAUCACUUUUGGACUUCUUCCAGGAGGAAGUCGUGAAAAGGAUACCGGACGGCGAGGAGGGCUACCAAAGGCGGAGGCGCCUCCUCCUCCAGAUGGCCGAACUAUGGGGUAGUUUUGUGGGCAGCCCUCUCAGUAUGCAGAGCCUCAAGUUCUUCUGGCUCGAGGAGUGUAUCGAGGGUGAAAAUCUCUUUUGCGCGGGCACCUAUCACAAGAUUCUCGAGAAGGUCGCUCAGCCGGCCAUCGACGGUGCAAACAUCUACUACCGGACCCGCGUUUCCGAGAUUUACGGCAAGUCCGCGACGCAGGCCGGCACGGCCAGUGUCAAGACCACAGACGGUCAAGUGUUCGAAUUUGACGACGUCGUUGUCACUUGCCCGCUUGGCUGGCUGAAGCAGAAUCUACAGUCCUUUUUCCCUCCUCUGCCAGAUCGUGUGUGCAAGGGCAUCCAGAACAUUGGCUACGGCAGCCUGGAAAAGGUCUACAUCUCAUUCCCUACAGCUUUCUGGCUGACCCCGUCACCAGAUGGGGGCCGCAUAGUCCAGGGCUUCUGCCAGUGGCUUGCGCCAAAGUACGCACAAGACACGAACCCCCAACGCUGGAUCAGUGAGGUGGUCGAGCUUGGCUCCCUAGGUGCCGCAGCCCACCCAACGUUGCUCUUCUACAUCUUUGGCGACCAGUCUCAGCACAUCACCUCGAGACUGCGCGCCCUCCCUUCCCAGAAGAAAAAGGAAGCGUUUGUGUAUGAAUACUUCAGACCUUACUACUCCCGCCUCCCGUCUUACGACGGGUCCAGCGCGGAUUGCCAACCCACGGCCUAUUUCGCGACGGACUGGCUAGGCGACGACCUGGCCGGGAACGGGAGCUACUGCAACUUCCGGACGGGCCUGGUCGAAGGCGACAGGGACAUCGUCGCGAUGCGCCACGGCGUACCCGAGGAAGGGAUAUGGCUCGCGGGAGAACACACGGCGCCGUUUGUGGCACUGGGGACGGUGACGGGCGCGUAUUGGAGCGGCGAGCAUGUGGCAAGGAGGAUCGUGCAGGGGUACUUUAAAGGGAGGGAGAAGCAGAAGGCGGAGGGAGAAGGAGAAGGGAAAGGAGAGGACGCUUGAGGGUGAGUAAGGAUGCCUCGGGGGUUAUAGAGGGGGGAUGUUUAAGUCAGGGUUAGGGGUUCAUAUUCGGCCUUAGUGGGGGCUGGCAAAAACCGUAAGUUAUGCGGUCUUGUCAUCAUCGUGACUCGCUUGGGCAGCUCUUCGCUCUUGACUUGGGAAGAGCUCACCCACAUAGAACCUCUGUUAGCACCCCGGUUGCUAGGUCGUCAAGAGAUGAAACAUUCUGUCCUCGCCUCGUGGUGCCUUUACCUUGAAACUUGGCGAUCCGGUCAAGACAAGGGGUCAUCUGAUCGCGCCGUCUG